AUGGAUUUCCUGAAGAACAAAAUCAUCAAAUUCGCCCCACCUCUAAAACCACUUCCUACAUUUGAAAAGGUCAUCAAAUUCAACUGGAACCCCACCGGCUUGACUGUUCCCGGUGACACUGAGUUGUCAUAUGAGGUCGUGGACGACAGAAACCUCUUCGGGGACUCUGCAUACACCGUCAUCUCGCGGACGCCCCGCAGCAACGGGGAUAUCGUGGGCAAGUUCGACUGGUCAAAGAUGACAGCGAAACUCGAGAUAGAGUUUCCUUUAACAUCACGAGAGCUCAAAUAUCAGGCUCUGAAUGGGCACUUUGAUGCAACUGACAUCGGACGCCUCGAGUGGAGAAUCACGGACAUGGACUGGAAGCAUGCCACAUGGCGGCUAUUGGACGAAGACGGCGAACCUGUGGCCUUGGUCGACCUGCACAAAUCUGGCGCACUGGGGACGAUUGAGAUAGUUAGGAUGGGCUUACCCCGAGCUGCAUUCGAAGAAGUGCUGGUGUGCUCGAUAGCACAGAUCGAAGAUCACUUGAGGAUGAUGAGGCACUCGAAGAACGCGGCCCUCAUGACCGUGGCGGGCAAUACCGUGGCCGUGGCCGGAAUCAAUUCUCUCCCCUACUAA